AUGGAUGUGAAGGAUGAUCGUAAAACGAUUAAUGAAUUUUCUAUUGCUACUGCCAUCUCUGUUACUGAAGCUAUCGAUGGUUAUACUUCUGGAGAUAACAGUUUUAGCUGUUUUGAUGAUCCCGAUGAUGCUAUCAUUGAUGAAAGUUCUAUGCCAAUGGAAUUACGAGGAAAAAAAUGGAAAACCGAAAGAUCGCUCGGCGAAGGUGGUAACUAUGAAGUAUAUCUUUUAUCAAAUGAUGACGGAUUAAAAUAUGCGAUGCGAUGGAACCGUAAACAGGAUCGCAGUAUUACAGAAAACAAGAAAAAUGAACAACGUAAAAACGAACAACGUCUAUUUAAAAGUGUUCUUCGUAUGGAGAAACAUAUCAAAAAUGCUUUACAAUUAAAAGAAGUUAUUGGCCAUCAUCCUAAUAUUGUAAGUUUGAUUGGUUUCCGUAAAGUUAAUUUAUUUACGCAACAAAUUAUGGAGUAUAUCGAUGGUGGUGAUCUUCACGAUUUCAUAAAAAUAAAUUAUACUAAAAAAGACCGAGAAAUGGAAAUUAGAAAAGUGCGAUCGCUGUUUAGUGAUCUGUUGAAGGCAGUGAAACAUAUCCAUCGUUUGUGCAUAGCUCAUAUGGAUAUAAAGGCUGAAAAUUGUCUCAUAACUUUAAAUGGAAACCUGAAAUUGACUGAUUUUGAUAAUGCGGUACAUUUUGGCGCCGGAAAAAAGAUAUUCGGUUUAUCUUAUGCAACCAAAGAAUACGCUGCACCAGAAACAUUUAGUAAGGAAUACAGACCAGAUUGUGCAGAUAUGUGGGCAUGCGGUAUCGUUUUGCACUUUCUGUUGAAGCAGGGUAUACCGUGGGAAGCGGCAAAGAGAAGCGAUCAAAAUUACCGUGAAUGGUAUAAAGCGAAAUGUAAAAAAUAUUUUUUCUGUUUCCCACCAUUAUAUGAAGAUGUUUCAGAAUUUUUGUUGAAAAUGCUCGAAAUGGACGCAGAUAAAAGAGCAACUGUCGACGAAAUUAUAACACAUCGAUGGUUACAGUAUCCAGGAAAGACAUCAGAAAAUUAA